AUGGAGAAGUUCAACUAUUCCAGAGUGUCUGAAUUUGUAUUACUUGGACUUACUGAGUCUUCUGAGCUGCAAAUUUUCUUCUUUGUGAUAUUUUCCAUUUUCUAUUUAAUAACGAUGUUGGGCAACUGUCUGAUUUUGCUCACAGUCCUGUCUACCUCUCACCUUCACUCCCCCAUGUAUUUCCUUCUCAGUAAUCUGUCACUCAUUGACAUGUGCCUGUCCUCCUUUGCCACUCCAAAAAUGAUCCUGGACUUCUUUGUUCAACGCAAGACCAUCUCCUUUGAGGGCUGCAUUUCUCAGAUCUUCUUUUUGCACCUCUUCACUGGGACUGAGAUUGUACUGCUGAUCUCCAUGUCUUUUGACAGGUAUAUUGCCAUAUGCAAACCUCUCCACUAUUCUGCAAUUAUGAGCCAGAAAGUAUGUGUUGGGCUGGUGAUAACUUCUUGGACAGUGGGCUUACUGCACACAAUGAGUCAAUUAGCUUUUACCCUCUAUUUGCCGUUCUGUGGUCCCAAUGUUGUGGACAGUUUCUUCUGUGACUUGCCUUUGGUCAUCCAGCUGGCUUGUAUAGAUAUAUACGUUCUUGGGAUCUUUAUGAUCUCAACCAGUGGUGUGAUUGCUCUGAUAUGUUUUCUGCUUUUGCUCACCUCCUACAUCAUUGUUCUUGUCACUAUCAAGGGCCACUCCUCCUCGGGAUCAUCUAAGGCUUUUUCUACUUGUACUGCACAUUUCAUAGUUGUGAUAAUGUUCUUUGGGCCCUGCAUCUUCAUCUAUGUGUGGCCUUUCACAGACUUCAUGGUGGACAAAGUUCUGUCUGUUUUCUAUACAAUCUUCACCCCCUUUCUAAACCCACUGAUCUAUACUUUGAGAAACCAGGAAGUGAAGACAGCUGUGAAGAAGAAACUGAGUAGCUGGUAUUUAAAUUUUGGGAAAACUACUCCAGGCUAUCCAGUGCAAUGA